AUGCCGAAGGAUUCAGGCGUCAAAUUUCAAGACUCGAAUGCUGUCACAGUUAAUGUAUGUGUCGAAUGUCAGUCUUCUUUGCUCAAAAACAAGGUACCCCAGUUGGCUUUGGCAAAUCAAUUGUAUCGCGGCAGCCUCCCUGACCGCUUUAGUGACUUGAUGUGGGUUGAAGAAAAAGUAUGUGCUUUGUAUUUGAUCACUGCACAUUCGUCUGAUCCGACCCAACCCAGAGUUUUCCAUGGUAACACAUGUGCACACGAGAUGAACACCGUGUCGACGGCAUCAGUUCUACCUCGAAUGCCUUCCGAUGUGAAUGGAUUUCUGAGUGUGAUUUUUAUCGGGCCGGAACAGUUUGAUCCCUCGCGCCUUCGCACUUUCUUCCGUGUCCGCAAGCAUAAGAUUUGGUCUUUUCUUGUCUGGCUGAAGCACCAUAAUGCUCUCUAUGCUAGCAUUCCAUUGGAUGCAUCCAUAAUGGAUUUAUAUCCCUCUGAUGGGCCCCUCCCUGGUCUGACUGAACGUGUCUGA